UAUACCUAUCGCGAGGCUGCCUAUCAUUUCUCCAAGCUCUAAGAGCGUUCAACUUCCAAAACAGCUUGUCCGUUAUGACGGCUAUUGAUAUUUCGCAGGUAAUCCACUCGCGCAAUUCUUUGGUCAAGUUGCUAAUACGAAUUUAGGAUGAUCUAUCCUCGUUCCACGCUUCACAUUUCUCUGCAUUGUCUGUGAACCAUUUCUCGCAGCAUUUCCUCGGGCCAGUUGGAGAUAAGUUCACAGCGGACGAAGAGGACGAUGAUGGGUUGGGAUACUAUGCAGAUGGUGCGAAGCGGACGCUGACGGAUGAACAAGUACGUCGCUGUUUAACCCCUAUUCUGGAUUUCUGGGGUGCUGACUGAAGUGCUGAAAGAUUGCAAUCUUCCGACACUCGGAAAUCGAAACCCUUCUUCGAGAACGACGGCAUGCAAUCGAGGCGAAAGACUCGAGCGAUCAGAGUACACCAACUUCAAUGGCCGAGGAUGGGGAAAUAGAUGAAGGCGAGAUGAAAGAUACUCCAAGUCCAGCCAUUAUUGGACCGGUCCUUCCACCGAACAACGCGAAUAAUCAUAAGCUCUCGAAUAAGAAGAGGAAGAAGGAGAAGAAGAGACAGAUUGCUGUCCAAAAGGGGUAUUUCAAACAGAAUAUUAAACCAGAUUUGAGGAAGCGGACCUGGGAUAAGGUUGAGACUGGGCUGAAUGAUUUACAAUAUGAUGAUAUGGAUACGGGAGCUGGGACUGGUCCGAGUAUGGGAGCGCAAAGGAGGAAGAUAUCUUAUGAUGACUGAGGAAGCCAUGGAAGCGGAAGCUUUGUCACAUUUUCCAGGACCCUCGUGAGAAUACGGGGCUAAUAUCGAAGGAUCCAUAUCGAAACUGUUGCAUGACAGCGAUUUUGGAGCAGGGGCGUAUCGGAGGCUCAGCCACAUAUCAUAACAGCCAGGAAUGUUUACACGGGCAAGUUCUCCCUCUCAUAUCCUUCAACGUCACAAGUCAAAUGAUGAGAACCAUCGUAUCGUCAUCCUUAGUCUUACCUGCAGCAUCUCGAGUUUCCGUAGCCACAACGUUGCGGGAUUCUUUUGAUGAAACUUGCAGUCUUGAUGAAACCGCAAUCUUCUCUCUGAUCAGACUUCACAUCUACCUCCAGCCAGAUUCUCAAGUACUAUGGUACAAAUGCUGAUUUCAUGGUCAAUAGGUGAUUCGAAACAUUGCAGGAGCUGAUGAGUUUGGCCUGGUAGUCGUAAACUACAGCCAUUCCAACAAUAUCACAUGCAGAAUAGAAGAGAAGGAAGGAAUGGUUUGCCCUUACAAUGAUUGGACGCAGAAGAAGAAGAAGUACGGAGGAUCGUGUCAAUAGAUACGCACUUAGGUGAAUCGUAAAGAGGAUUAAUUCAUGCAAGGCUGAUGCCCAGCCUUACGCCGCUCACCCCGCUAAAUACAUCAUUACCUAC